AUGCUUGCUAUCCUCGCUGGUGCUUUCACCGUUUGGCUACUGUUGUUUAGAUUUCGGAAACGACGCGCCGUCUCCCUUCCUCCUGGUCCUCCUGGUCUUCCUAUCCUUGGCAAUGUCUUGGAUAUGCCGUCUGUUACUGAAUGGCUCACCUUCGCAGAGUGGGCAAAAUAUGGCGGACUCUGUUCGGUGACUUUCUUGGGACAGCCGAUGAUUAUUCUGAACUCGGCGAGUGCAAUGGAAGAACUUGAUGGCAAGGGUCCGGUGUUUAAUACUCGACCACGGCUACCAAUGGCUGGCGAACUUGUGGGGUAUAAUCAAACACUGGUGCUGAUGCCGUAUGGACCACAGUUUCGUGUCUUCCGAAAACAUUUCGCGAGGCUUAUCGGCACACCGGCGGCUGCGCGUCAGUUUGUUCCAUUGGUGGAGCUGGAGACGAACCGUUUUUUAAAACGCCUCCUGCUCAAGCCAAACGCCGAAUUUAUUGAUGGGCAUCUUCGCAAGUUGACAGGAGCGAUAAUUUUGCGACUCACCUAUGGGAUAGAAGUACAGGAUGAAGACGACCCUUUUGUCACGCUAAUAGAGAAAGCCAACGGCAAUUUCAGUGCCGCUACCACUCCCGGUGCAUUCCUGGUGGACAUAUUCCCAUCCCUGCUGCUUAUUCCAGAAACUCUGGCGCCCUUCAAACGAAAGGCCAAGGCAUGGGCAAUCGAAACCAAGAAGAUGGUGGAAUCGCCAUACAGUUACACCCGGCGUCAGAUCGCGGCUGGAACUGCACCUACCUCUUUUGUAUCCCGCCUUCUGGAAGACGAGCAGAAGCUCAAUGACCAAGAACUUCACGACGUGAAGUAUACCGCAGGCUCUUUUUACGGAGGUGGCGCCGACACAACCGCUGCGUUGUUGCAUGCGUUUUUUCUGGCAAUGGUUUUAUACCCUGAGGUUCAGCGCCGAGCGCAGCGGGAAAUCGACGACUUGCUGAACGGCGUCCCGCACGCUGCCAUGGAGGACACGAUCUUGAAUGGUUAUUGGAUUCCCAAAGGCUCGAUAAUUAUCGCCAACAUUUGGAACAUGUUGAACGACCCACAAGUGUACCCUGCUCCCGAGGUUUUCGAUCCUACCCGCUAUCUCCCAGACACGAAUGUUGGCACGACCCAGCGGGAUCCCCGUCACGCCUGCUUCGGGUUUAGCCGCAGGAUAUGUCCGGGAAGGGAGCUAGCAGAAAUUUCGUUGUUCAGCAGUAUAGCCGCCAUCCUGGCCACAUUCGAUAUAGAGCGGGCGUCCGGUCCGUUACCGAAGCACGAAAACACCCAGGGGACAAUCAGCCAUCCCAAACCUUUCGAUUGUGUGGCAACACCCUUUGAGAACGAACCUGGUCCCGAAUUCGAGUCGGAAAUAACAUGUGGUGGCGUUACCGGCGUCACGUUGCACACCUUAAGCAGGGCGAUGACUCGCAUCCCUGUUGCAAUGGCUCUCAGAUCGGCUCUGAUCAUCGUAGACCUUCAAGAGGACUUUUGUCCACCGAACGGAAGCCUGGCUGUGGCUGGUGGUCGCGACAUCGUUCCUGUGAUUAAUACGCUGCUGGCCUCUUCAUUCUUCGAUUUUCGAGUGGCCACCAAGGACUGGCACCCGAUAGACCACAUCUCCUUCGCUGUCAACCAUCCACCGCCCAACAAUAUUCCCUUCGAAAGCUUCGCAACGGUUGUCAACCCGGAAAAUCCGGAUGAGCAGUACGAAACACGUCUCUGGCCGGUUCAUUGCGUGCAAGGCACGCCUGGUGCCGAGCUCGCUCCCGAAUUGAACCUAGAGAGGGUCGACAAGAUUGUCGAGAAGGGCAUGGAUAAGCGCGUCGAAAUGUAUUCCGCAUUCUAUGACCCGUUCACAAACCCGACGAUCUCGAUCAGCGAGCUGGGACCGGAACUCAAGAAGAAUAGCAUUGAUAAAGUGUACGUUGUUGGCCUUGCUAUGGACUAUUGCGUUCGUGCUACUGCGCUUGAUGCGGUCACGGAAGGCUACGAGGUCUAUUUGAUUGAGGAUGCGACCAAGGCGGUCGAUCCGGCAGAAGGUUGGGACAACGCACGUGCAGAGAUGGAAGGUAAAGGGAUCAAGUUUAUCAAGAGCGUCGACAUUGUGUCGUAG